AUGACAACCGUGAACCAUACUGGUACAAGUCACACAGUCUUCCGCUUGCUGGGCAUCCCUGGCCUAGAGGAUCAACAUGUGUGGAUUUCCAUCCCUUUUGUCAUUUCCUAUGUCAUUGCCCUACUUGGGAACAGCCUGCUCAUCUUCAUCAUCCUCACAAGGCGCAGCCUGCAUGAACCCAUGUGCCUCUUCCUCUGCAUGCUAUCUGGAGCAGACAUUGUCCUCUCCACGUCCAUAAUACCUCAGGCCUUGGCCAUCUUCUGGUUCAAUGCUAGGGAGAUCUCCCUGGACUGCUGCAUCACGCAGAUCUUCUUCCUCUCUUCCACCUUCAUCACUGAAUCAGGGAUCUUGUUAGUGAUGGCAUUUGAUCGCUACAUUGCCAUAUGCUACCCUUUGAGAUACACCACUAUUCUUACAUAUGACCUGAUUGGGAAAAUCGGUAUAACUCUUGUUCUAAGAGGUUAUUGCACAGUUUUCCCUAUAGUAUUCCUUCUGAAAAGACUGACUUUCUGCAAAAGUAACAUCCUUAUGAACACUACCUGUAAGCACAUUAUGUUGGCCCGCCUUUCUUGUGAUGAUAUCCAAGUAAAUGUGUGGUAUGGAUUUUUUGUCUUAAUGUCAACUUUGGUCCCAGAUAUUUUGCUAGUUUUUGUUUCCUAUAUGCUGAUUCUCUGGACUGUCUUCCACAUCCCUUCCAAAGAUGCUCGUCACAAAGCUCUCAAUACCUGUGGUUCUCAUGUCUGUGUCAUCAUCCUCUUUUAUGGGCCUGGCUUCUUCUCAGCCCUCACUCAGAGGUUUGGACACCACAUCUCACCCUCUAUCCGUGUCUUGCUCCCUAGUAUCUACAUUAUUGUUCCACCAAUGCUGAAUCCCAUCAUUUAUGGGAUCAAAACUAAACAGAUCAGGGACCAGGUGGUUCAUGUGUUUUUUACAAAGCACAAAUGA